AUGAGAAGUGAGACUUGGCGUAGUUUGAUUCGACCAGCAAUGGCAGCCUUUGCCUGCCCUCUUCGAAUUCUUCGUUCUUACUCAACGGAAUUGGAGCCUCAACUGUCCCCAAAGCUCGUAAAGAUCAUGGAGCAGAGGCUGUCGCUUAUCGAGCAGAGGAGUGCUUGUCUUCAAAAUCUCAUAAACCAGCCUGAUGCCUCGGCUGAAGAGUAUGUGAGGGCUAACAAGGAGCUUCGGAAACUCAGCGCUUCCAUGGACCUUAUAAAUCAAUUAAGAUCCAACAGCAAGGAGAUUGAUGGUUUGAGGUCUCUCAUGGAUGAAUGUUCUCAAGAUAAAGACAUGAUUGAUAUGGCAAACAAUGAAUUGGGUCAGGCCUUUGACGAAGAAAGAAGAUUGCAUGCUUCGUUACUCAAGUCCCUGCUUCCUAAGGAUGAUGCUGAUGAGAGGGAUUGCAUACUGGAGGUUAGAGCAGGAACUGGUGGGGAGGAGGCUUCUUUAUUUGCAAUGGACAUAUUCAAAAUGUAUGAUAGAUUCUCGCACAAGAAAGGCUGGAAGUUUGAAGUGGUGGAUAUUACCGAGUCUGAUCUUAAAGGAUAUAAGGAAGCUAGUGCAGCAAUCUCAGGAGCUGAUGUUUAUGGGAAACUGAAAUUUGAGAGUGGGAUUCACAGAGUUCAGCGAGUUCCUGUGACAGAGAAGUCUGGACGUAUUCACACUAGUGCUGUUUCUGUUGCUAUCCUCCCUCAAGCUGAUGAGGUAGAUGUCCACCUGAGGAACGAGGAUUUGAGAAUUGAUACUUAUAGAUCUGGUGGUUCAGGUGGUCAGCAUGCAAAUACCACCAACAGUGCUGUUAGAAUAACUCAUAUUCCAACUGGCCUGACUGUAGCCAUACAAGAUGAGCGAUCCCAACAUAUGAACAAGGCCAAGGGGCUUAAGGUGCUGUGUGCAAAGCUUUAUGAGAUAGAGAGGUCUAGAAUCCAGAGCAGUCGGUCAAAACUUAGAUCACAACAGAUUGGUAGUGGGGAUAGAUCCGAACGCAUCCGUACAUACAACUUUCCUCAAGGGCGUGUAACUGAUCAUCGUGUUGGCAUCACUCAUCAUUCAAUAAAUGAUGUGAUGCAAGGAGAGAAUCUGGAUGUAUUUAUCGAUGCGCUUCUUUUGCAGGAGGAGAUGGAUGCAAUUGCUUCUUUUAGUUCUUCCUAG